UCUCUCUCCCCCUUCACAAAAACCCUAAACCCCAUUAAUUCCCAGCGAGCGUUCUCUCCCUCCCUCUCGACGAGCUUCGACGUAGAUAAAGAUAGAGCUAAAAUUUCAGCCAUUUCAAGCAGCACGCACAUUUGUAGGUUCUAAACAGUUGCCAUCUAUUUGAGGCUCAUCACCCACCUUUCAACGAUGAUAAUUGAACAAGCAAAUGCUGGCGUUCUCACUAAUUUCGAUGUUUUUGACUUCUUACGGGCGAGAGGCGCCACUAGUGAUCCGAUGGGAUGUCUUGGUGCUGUUGCGCCAUCGGAGUGCAAGGUGUUUGAAUACCUUCACCAAUCUCCUGCUUGCACUCAAACAAGAGAAUCAAUUGAUGAGUUUUUGGAAAGAUGCGAGAAAUUCAAGCUUUCGCCUGCUGAGAAGCUGAACAUAAUCAACCUGAGGCCAUCCAACCAACCCGAAAUAUAUGCGCUUGUAAAGGAAUGUGGCAAGCGACUUGUUAAGGGCGACAUCGACGAAGUUCCCGAGUUGCUGGAAUUAGUGAAUGAGGUUUUACCGCAGCCGCCUCCAAAACCGGAAGCAGCGGCUGAACAACACGAAUCGAUGCGAAGCAAUCUACUGGACAUUUCUGGGUAGCAGUUCACGGCAGAAACUUACGUCGGAUUCUAUUUUCUUUUGUUUCUUUUCCCUUGUGAUAAUAGAAAUAUAUACGAUCCGGACACGUUUUGUUUAAAGAAAUGCGGUGAGAAACAGCAGAUCACAAGAGCAGCCGUAUAGAAGAUUGUAACGAGAUAGUGAUUUUCCGAAAUUUCUUGAUGUAUUGAAUUGAAUUGUGCUCAUUCUCGACGCUGGUUUUGCUUGUGUUUGAUGAUUUGGAUGCGUAUUUACUAUUUUUA